AGCUGGACGAGAGAUUGGAAAAGUCAAGAUGCUGGACGAUAAACCGCCAGGAUCGAAAUUCGGUGCUCCGUCGAGAGGUUCGUCGUUUUACAUCGAGAAUCUGUUGGGGACAACAGGCAGAGGUUCUUCGGCUGAGGAGCGGGUGGAGACUUUUAAAGCUGCCGUUCACAACCCCGUCUUCUGCCCCGGCCUGGAAACGGGACGUCUGAGCGACAACGAGACGCUGAACUGGAGCAGAACAUUUCCAAACACUGUGUACAGCAGCUCAAGCAGUCCAUUAUGCAAAAGCAGCUACUCGGUUACAGUGACGCCAAACAGCGAGCGGAAUUUCCCAACUUUCAUAGGGCAGGCACAGGAGAGCGAUGAAACGGCGGAGAAGGGGGGCGACAGUGUCGAUGACAGGGAAGAUGCGCGCUCUUCCUGCGUCUCUCGAGAGGACAGCAGCGACACAGGUGACAUGAAAGUGGCGCGAAAGAAAAAGACACGCACUGUGUUCAGCCGGAGUCAGGUGUUCCAGCUGGAGUCCACCUUCGACCUGAAGCGCUACCUGAGCAGCUCGGAGCGAGCUGGGCUGGCGGCCUCGCUGCAGCUCACCGAGACCCAGGUGAAGAUCUGGUUUCAAAAUCGCAGAAACAAGUGGAAGCGGCAGAUCGCGGCAGACAUGGAAGCCGGCGGUGCCGUCGUUCCCUUCGCACCGCAGAGGGUCGUCAGAGUUCCCGUGCUGUAUCGUGAGAGCGUCGGCACGCCUGUGACGCUGGCCGGCCUGCCCAACGUGUCUCCACCAGUAGUUGGCUUCUCAAAUUCUAUCAACUACCCCUUGACUGGUCAUUUUGCCCACACAGUGUCCUUCCUAACACCACAGAUGACCGGACUGGUGUGAGUUUAAAAGCGAAGAGACCUGUUUAAUCUGUGACUCAAAUGAUCAAAUAAAAGUGCUGCACACAUUUCACUCUGGGAUUCUGUGAAGUCAGAAGCUCUUCUCAUGCUCUGGGGGGUAAUUCAUUCGGUAUUUAACCUUUUCUUUUGAGCGUUUUCUGGAGGCAACUUCAAUCAACUCAGGCAAAUUCAGGUUAAGUUACUCAUCUAACAGACCAUGACUACUUUAGAAUCCAACUUCUAGAGGUCCCAUUUUCCACCUGAGUGCAGGCACAAGUCAUUUUUGAGAUUCAGUGCGAGAUGUGAUGACGAUGAUGGAUAUUUUUGGACUAUUUAAACUAUCCCUCAGUGUUUCAUUGAGGACUUUUUCACAGAAAGCCACACUGUUUCCAAGUAUAGCUCUGUUUUGUGUUGUUUUUUUCCACACAUACAGACUCAUGACUGUCAGUUUGUAAUAUAAUGUUCAGAAAUGAUGUAUUUUUAAAAAAACAUGUGGCGUGAGAGAAACUAAAAUGAAUCCAAAACAAAGAUGAAUCAAAAAUCAAAGCCAAAAGUCAAAGUUUACAUUAAAAUAAAUAAAAAUGAGAGUACUUACUACUACUUUCAAACUUUAAUCACACAUUCCCAGAAGCAUUUUCUUUCAACCCACAUGUUUACUUUUUUUUUUUUUCCCUUAUUUGAGUCCACACAUCUUGGGAAUAUUAUGCAUGGUACGGUUGAGUUGGUCUUUAAAUGUAGAAGCUAGAUUAUAUUUAAAAAGGCAUUUCUUGUUGACUUUUGAUAGAUGUGAGCAGGGAUAGAUUAUUAGCAAUAAUGACUGACUGGGACAUUUUUUUUAUUUAAGAUGAUUUUAAUACAGACUUUUGUACACAUAUGUUCACAUAUAAAUAAAAUGAAUGCACAAGUUG